CUACUCCAUCAUUCACCAUGGUUGAGGUUCAAACUCUCGUCCAACCGGACAUCCAAUACCACCCCGACUACGACAAAUACACGGCCCGCACCCAGCGCCGCAUCACCACCGAAACCCUACCCACAACCCUUCCCCCGGGGUUCCCGGCACAGCUCAACUCCCCUCUAGUCUGGGAAGGCUCAGACGUGGAACAGCGCGAUGACUGGAUCUACCAACUCAACGACGCCCAGCUCGACGAGAUCGACCGCGCUCUCCAAGACUUCAAAUCCAAAAACCUUCCCUUAGGCACUAUCAACCAAACCACCUUCCCCCUCCCGACCCUCCACCCCAUCCUCCGCUCUCUUUCCCACGAAAUCCACCUCGGCCGAGGCUUCGUCGUGGUCCGCGGUCUCCGAAUCGACCACUACUCCCGCGAAGACAACAUCAUCAUCUACGCGGGCGUAUCCUCCCACAUUGGGAACUUCCGAGGCCGACAAGAAGACAAUCGAUCCAAACACACCCCGUCGCGGGUCCUCUCCCACAUCAAAGACAUCUCCCAUACCGUGCAGCCCGGCACCAUCGGCGCCCCCUCCAACACCGCCGACAAACAAGUCUUCCAUACCGACUCGGGCGAUAUCAUCUCCCUUCUCUGUUUGCAGGAAGCGGCUGAAGGCGGGGAAAGUAAAUUGGCGAGUAGUUGGAAUGUGUAUAAUAUACUUGCCAAGGAAAGGCCGGAUUUGAUUCAUACCUUGACGCAGGAGUGGCCGUUUGAUGGGUUUUCCAACCCAACCCAACCCUACACCACCCGUCCCCUCCUCUUCCACCAACCCGCCACGGAAUCGACCCCCGAGCGCAUCCUCAUCCAAUACGCCCGGCGCUAUUUCACUGGCUUUAUGGCCCAGCCGCGAUCAACCAAUAUCCCCCCUAUCACUGAAGCACAGGCGGAAGCUCUCGAUGCGCUGCAUUUCCUCGCUGAGAAACAUAGUGCGUCGCUGGGGUUCCAGAAGGGUGAUAUUCAGUAUGUGAAUAAUCUGAGUAUCUUUCAUGCGAGGAAUGGGUUUACGGAUGGGGUGGGGAAGGAACGGCAUUUACUCCGUCUUUGGCUGAGGGAUCCGGAGUAUGCGUGGAAGACGCCUGAUGCGUUGAAGAAGCGGUGGGAGAGUUUGUAUGAGGGUUUGUCGGUCGAGGAGCAGGAUUUUCCUCUCGAGCCGAGGAUUAGGGGGAAUACUACUUCUUAAACCCUUGAUCAGGUAUCAUUGAAUGGGUUGAUUUCAGGUAUAUUCGUUGAUCUAUGAGAAAAGAGCAAGUUCAUAAGAGUCUCC